GGCGGCGGCGGCGGCAGCGGUGGCGGCGGCGGCGGCGGCGGCGGCGGCGCGGGGGUUGAGCCGUGCUAGAGCGGACGCGCUCGUGCUCGGGAACUAUCGGAUUAAACUUGAAUCGAGUGAAAUUACACAAAGGAGCGCCGCGCAAGAGGCGGCCGGGGACCCGGAGACCCUGAAACUCGCCAGAACCCCUUUGGCCCCCCGGCUAACUCCGCGCCCGUGGAUUCAAGACCCCCCCCACUGCGCCCCCCACCUCCACCACCCCCGUUUGGCCGCGGCCGCCGAGCCAACUCCGGAGCCCGCUCUGCGUUUUGUUUGCGUCCUCGGCACCGGGCAGCGGAGGACCCCGAGCGAGCGAGCGAGCGAGCGAGCCAGCCGGACCUGUAUCCAGACUUUGCCUGACACUGCAGGGUCCAGGAGAAUUAAAGAAAUAUGGAAUGACAUGAAGAAGAUUAGUUCAGGAUUAUAGGCUUUGAGGACAAACACCUCAGUGAAGUGAAGCACAGACAAGCUCCCGAGCUGUAGUUUGGAGGAGCUGUGUGUUAGAAGAAGAUGGCGGAUCCAGGAAUGAUGAGUCUCUUUGGCGAGGAUGGGAAUAUUUUCAGCGAAGGUCUUGAAGGCCUUGGAGAAUGUGGUUACCCUGAAAAUCCAGUGAAUCCCAUGGGUCAGCAAAUGCCGAUGGACCAAGGCUUUGCCUCCUUACAGCCGUCCCUUCAUCACCCCUCUCCUAAUCAGAAUCAAACGAAGCUGACCCAUUUCGAUCACUAUAAUCAGUACGAACAAAAGAUGCAUCUGAUGGAUCAGCCGAACAGAAUGAUGAGUAAUGCCCCUGGGAAUGGCCUGGCGUCUCCUCACUCGCAGUACCACACCCCUCCCGUCCCUCAAGUCCCUCACGGCGGCAGUGGCGGCGGUCAGAUGGGAGUGUACCCUGGCAUGCCGAACGAGAGGCACGGGCAGUCCUUCGUGGACAGUGGCUCCCUGUGGGGCCCCCGGGCUGUGCAGGUGCCGGACCAGAUACGAGCCCCGUACCAGCAGCAGCCGCCGCCCCCUCCACAGCAGCCCCAGCCCGCGCCGUCGGGGCCCCCCGCCCAGGGCCACCCUCAGCACAUGCAGCAGAUGGGCGGCUACAUGGCGCGCGGGGAUUUCUCCAUGCAGCAGCACGGCCAGCCGCAGCAGAGGAUGGGCCAGUUUUCCCAAGGCCAGGAGGGCCUCAGUCAGGGAAACCCUUUCAUUGCCACCUCAGGACCUGGCCACCUGUCCCACGUGCCCCCGCAGAGCCCCAGCAUGGCGCCUUCCCUGCGUCACUCAGUGCAGCAGUUCCACCACCACCCCCCUACUGCUCUCCACGGAGAAUCAGUCGCCCACAGCCCCAGAUUCUCCCCAAAUCCUCCUCAGCAGGGGGCCGUGAGGCCGCAGACCCUUACCUUUAGCUCUCGGAGCCAGACGGUCCCCUCACCUACUAUAAACAACUCAGGGCAGUAUUCUCGAUAUCCUUACAGUAACCUAAAUCAGGGAUUAGUUAACAAUACAGGGAUGAAUCAAAAUUUAGGCCUUACAAACAAUACUCCAAUGAAUCAGUCCGUACCAAGAUACCCCAACGCUGUAGGGUUCCCAUCAAGCAGUGGUCAAGGACUAAUGCACCAGCAGCCCAUCCACCCCAGUGGCUCAGUUAACCAAAUGAACACACAAACUAUGCAUCCUUCACAGCCUCAGGGAACUUAUGCCUCUCCACCUCCCAUGUCACCCAUGAAAGCAAUGAGUAACCCGGCAGGUACUCCUCCUCCGCAAGUCAGGCCCGGGAGUGCUGGGAUACCAAUGGAAGUUGGCAGUUAUCCAAAUAUGCCCCACCCUCAGCCGUCUCACCAGCCCCCGGGUGCCAUGGGAAUUGGACAGAGGAAUAUGGGCCCCAGAAACCUGCAGCCGUCGCGGCCAUUUAUGGGCAUGUCCUCAGCACCGCGGGAGCUGGCCGGGCACAUGAGACCAAAUGGCUGUCCUGGUGUCGGCCUUGCAGACCCACAGGCGCUCCAGGACCGACUGCGGCCUGGCCAGCAGCACCCCGGGCAGCAGCCGUCUUUCCAGCAGUUGCCAACCUGCCCUCCGAUGCAGCCCCACCCGGGCUUGCACCACCAGUCUUCACCCCCACACCCGCAUCACCAGCCUUGGGCACAGCUCCACCCAUCACCCCAGAACACCCCGCAGAAAGUGCCUGUGCCUCAGCAUUCUCCAUCGGAGCCCUUUCUAGAGAAACCAGUGCCGGAUAUGACUCAGGUUAGUGGACCGAGUGCUCAGCUAGUGAAGAGUGAUGAUUACCUGCCAUCAAUAGAACAGCAGCCACAGCAAAAGAAGAAGAAAAAGAAAAACAACCACAUUGUUACAGAGGAUCCCAGUAAAAGUUUUGGUAAAGAUGACUUCUCUGGUGGGGUUGACAACCAAGAACUAAAUAGGAACUCUCUAGAUGGGUCCCAAGAAGAGAAAAAGAAAAAGAAAAGGCCGAAGGCAAAAAAAGAUCCGAAGGAACCGAAAGAACCCAAGGAGAAAAAAGAGCCCAAGGAACCCAAGACCCCAAAAGCCCCUAAGAUUCCCAAAGAGCCAAAGGAAAAGAAAGCAAAAACUGCCACGCCAAAACCCAAAUCCAGCAAAAAGUCAAGUAAUAAGAAACCUGAUUCAGAAGCAAGUGCUUUGAAGAAAAAGGUCAACAAGGGAAAAACAGAAGGUUCUGAAAAUUCAGACUUAGACAAAACGCCCCCACCAUCUCCUCCUCCUGAAGAAGAUGAGGACUCAGGUGUUCAGAAGAGACGGUCCAGCAGGCAGGUGAAAAGGAAGAGAUACACUGAAGACCUGGAAUUCAAGAUUUCUGAUGAGGAGGCAGAUGAUGCAGAGGCUGCUGGGAGGGACUCCCCCUCGAACACCUCACAGUCUGAGCAGCAGGAAUCUGUUGAUGCAGAAGGUCCCGUGGUUGAGAAAAUCAUGAGUAGUCGCUCAGUAAAAAAACAGAAGGAAUCUGGAGAGGAAGUAGAAGUUGAGGAAUUCUAUGUGAAAUACAAAAACUUCUCUUAUCUUCAUUGUCAAUGGGCAUCUCUAGAAGAUCUGGAAAAAGAUAAAAGAAUUCAGCAAAAGAUUAAGCGAUUUAAGGCAAAGCAGGGCCAGAGCAAAUUCCUUUCAGAGAUUGAAGAUGAGCUUUUUAAUCCAGAUUAUGUGGAGGUUGACCGGAUAAUGGACUUUGCCCGUAGCACAGAUGACCGGGGAGAGCCUGUAACUCAUUAUCUGGUGAAAUGGUGCUCACUGCCUUAUGAAGAUAGCACGUGGGAGCUAAGGCAAGACAUAGAUCAAGCAAAGAUAGAGGAGUUUGAGAAAUUGAUGUCCAGGGAGCCGGAAACAGAACGUGUGGAGCGACCUCCUGCUGAUGAUUGGAAGAAAUCAGAGAGUUCCAGGGAGUAUAAAAACAAUAACAAACUCAGGGAAUACCAGUUGGAGGGAGUGAACUGGCUACUUUUCAAUUGGUACAACAUGCGAAACUGCAUUUUAGCAGAUGAAAUGGGUUUGGGAAAGACUAUCCAGUCCAUUACAUUUCUCUAUGAGAUAUAUUUGAAAGGAAUCCAUGGCCCUUUUUUAGUGAUUGCCCCAUUGUCCACAAUCCCCAACUGGGAAAGGGAGUUCCGUACCUGGACAGAGUUGAACGUGGUUGUGUACCAUGGGAGUCAAGCUAGUCGUCGGACCAUUCAGUUGUAUGAAAUGUACUUCAAAGAUCCCCAGGGUCGAGUGAUAAAGGGGUCCUAUAAGUUUCAUGCCAUCAUCACUACAUUUGAGAUGAUUUUGACUGAUUGUCCUGAGCUGCGGAAUAUCCCAUGGCGCUGUGUGGUCAUUGAUGAAGCUCACCGGCUGAAGAACAGGAACUGCAAGCUGUUGGAAGGACUGAAGAUGAUGGACUUGGAACAUAAAGUGCUGCUGACAGGGACCCCACUACAGAACACUGUGGAAGAGCUUUUUAGCUUGCUUCAUUUCUUGGAACCAAGUCGCUUCCCUUCUGAAACCACCUUUAUGCAAGAAUUUGGUGAUCUGAAAACAGAAGAACAGGUGCAAAAACUCCAGGCUAUUCUAAAGCCAAUGAUGUUGAGACGCCUCAAGGAGGAUGUAGAAAAGAACUUGGCCCCCAAAGAAGAAACUAUUAUUGAAGUUGAGCUAACAAACAUUCAGAAGAAAUAUUACCGAGCCAUCCUUGAGAAGAAUUUUACAUUUCUUUCCAAAGGUGGUGGCCAAGCUAAUGUACCUAAUCUUUUAAACACUAUGAUGGAAUUGAGAAAAUGCUGCAAUCAUCCAUACCUUAUUAAUGGUGCUGAAGAGAAAAUUUUGGAAGAGUUUAAAGAAACACACAAUGCAGACUCUCCAGAUUUUCAGCUCCAGGCGAUGAUCCAGGCUGCUGGCAAGCUAGUGCUGAUUGACAAGCUGCUGCCAAAACUGAAGGCUGGUGGCCACAGGGUGCUUAUCUUUUCCCAGAUGGUGCGCUGCUUGGACAUACUGGAAGACUACCUCAUUCAGAGACGGUACCCGUAUGAAAGGAUCGACGGUCGAGUGAGAGGCAACCUUCGCCAGGCAGCUAUUGACAGAUUCUCCAAACCUGAUUCUGAUAGGUUUGUUUUCCUCCUGUGUACAAGAGCAGGGGGCUUAGGUAUUAAUCUUACUGCUGCUGAUACCUGCAUCAUCUUUGAUUCCGACUGGAACCCCCAGAAUGAUCUCCAGGCUCAAGCUAGAUGUCACCGAAUAGGACAGAGCAAAUCUGUGAAAAUAUACAGGCUGAUAACAAGAAAUUCUUAUGAAAGAGAGAUGUUUGACAAGGCUAGUCUGAAGCUCGGUCUGGAUAAAGCUGUGCUGCAAUCCAUGAGCGGAAGGGAAAACGCUACGAAUGGGGUACAGCAGCUUUCUAAAAAAGAAAUAGAGGAUCUUCUACGAAAGGGGGCCUAUGGUGCUCUCAUGGACGAGGAAGAUGAAGGAUCUAAAUUCUGUGAGGAGGACAUCGAUCAAAUCCUCCUGCGCAGAACCCACACUAUCACCAUUGAGUCUGAAGGGAAAGGCUCCACAUUUGCUAAGGCCAGUUUUGUUGCAUCUGGAAAUAGGACAGAUAUUUCCCUGGAUGAUCCGAAUUUCUGGCAGAAGUGGGCUAAGAAGGCUGAACUGGAUAUCGAUGCCUUAAAUGGGAGGAACAACCUGGUUAUUGAUACUCCUAGAGUGAGGAAGCAAACCAGACUCUACAGUGCUGUGAAAGAAGAUGAGCUGAUAGAAUUUUCAGACUUGGAAAGCGAUUCUGAAGAGAAGCCGUGCACCAAGCCCCGGCGACCUCAGGACAGGUCCCAGGGCUAUGCAAGGAGUGAAUGCUUUAGGGUGGAGAAGAAUCUGCUCGUCUACGGUUGGGGACGAUGGACAGACAUCCUCUCACACGGACGCUACAAACGUCAGCUCACUGAGCAAGAUGUAGAAACCAUCUGUAGAACGAUCCUCGUGUACUGUCUCAAUCAUUACAAGGGGGAUGAGAAUAUCAAAAGCUUCAUCUGGGAUCUGAUCACGCCCACAGCUGAUGGCCAGACUCGAGCCCUGGUCAAUCAUUCUGGUUUAUCAGCCCCAGUGCCAAGAGGCAGGAAGGGAAAGAAGGUGAAAGCCCAGAGCGCUCACCCAGUGGUGCAGGAUGCUGACUGGCUGGCCAGCUGCAACCCAGACACCCUGUUCCAGGAGGACAGCUACAAGAAGCACCUGAAGCAUCACUGCAACAAGGUCCUGCUGCGUGUCCGCAUGCUGUACUACCUAAGACAAGAAGUUAUAGGAGACCAGGCAGAUAAGAUCUUAGAGGGUGCUGACUCAAGUGAAGCUGAUGUGUGGAUUCCGGAACCUUUCCAUGCUGAAGUCCCUACAGAUUGGUGGGAUAAGGAAGCAGAUAAAUCCCUCCUAAUUGGAGUGUUCAAACAUGGCUACGAGAAGUACAAUUCCAUGCGAGCUGACCCUGCACUGUGCUUCCUGGAACGAGUUGGUAUGCCUGAUGCCAAGGCCAUAGCUGCCGAGCAAAGAGGAACAGACAUGCUAGCAGAUGGCGGUGACGGGGGAGAAUUUGAUAGAGAAGAUGAAGACCCAGAGUAUAAACCUACCAGAACUCCAUUCAAGGAUGAAAUAGAUGAAUUUGCAAAUUCUCCUCCUGAAGAUAAGGAAGAAUCCAUGGAAUUGCGCACCACAGGCAAGCACAGUGAGAGUAAUGCUGAGUUAGGCCAACUCUACUGGCCUAACACUUCAACCCUGACCACCCGUCUGCGCCGGCUCAUUACUGCCUAUCAGCGCAGCUAUAAAAGGCAACAAAUGAGGCAAGAGGCCCUAAUGAAGACUGACCGGCGGAGACGGCGGCCUCGGGAGGAAGUGAGAGCACUAGAAGCGGAAAGGGAAGCUAUCAUAUCUGAGAAACGGCAGAAGUGGACAAGGAGAGAAGAGGCUGAUUUUUACCGUGUGGUGUCCACUUUUGGAGUUAUCUUUGAUCCCCUGAAGCAGCAGUUUGACUGGAACCAAUUUCGAGCCUUUGCCAGACUUGACAAAAAGUCUGAUGAGAGUUUGGAGAAAUACUUCAGUUGUUUUGUGGCCAUGUGUCGGCGAGUAUGCCGGAUGCCCACUAAGCCAGAUGAUGAACCACCUGACCUCUCUUCCACUAUCGAGCCAAUCACAGAAGAGCGUGCCUCUAGAACUCUCUACCGCAUCGAACUGUUGCGGAAAAUACGAGAGCAGGUUCUUCACCACCCUCAGCUGGGAGAGCGGUUGAAGCUCUGCCAGCCAAGUUUGGAUUUGCCUGAGUGGUGGGAAUGUGGGCGGCAUGACCGAGACUUGCUGGUGGGUGCCGCGAAACACGGAGUGAGCCGGACAGACUACCACAUCCUCAAUGACCCCGAGUUAUCCUUCCUAGACGCGCAUAAAAGCUUUGCUCAGAACAGAGGGGCAGGUAACAUUUCUUCCUUGAACCCACUGGCCAUUGGGUUUGGCCAGACUCCUGCGGCCAUCUCCUCCACUCAUGUCCAGGACGAAAGGGUGGCAGGACACGCUGAAGGCAAAGUGGAGGAGUCUGAAAAUGCAGUCACCCCAGAAAAGCCUGAGGUGAAAGAAGAGGAAGAAGAAGCCGAGGGCAGGGGAAAAGAGAGUAAGCACGAAUGUGAGGCCGAGGCCAGCUCCAUAAAAAACGGACUGAAAGGUGUGGAGGUUAGCACAGAUUCAGGGCCCAAGUCUAUUUCAGAAAAAGGUUCUGAAGAGGACGAAGAAGAAAAGCUGGAAGAUGACGAUAAGUCAGAAGAAUCUUCCCAGCCUGAAGCAGGAGCUGUCUCCAGAGGGAAGAAUUUUGAUGAAGAAAGCAAUGCUUCUAUGAGCACUGCUAGGGAUGAAACCCGAGAUGGAUUCUACAUGGAGGAUGGAGAUCCUUCAGUAGCUCAGCUUCUUCACGAAAGGACAUUUGCCUUCUCAUUUUGGCCCAAGGAUCGAGUAAUGAUAAACCGAUUAGACAACAUCUGUGAAGCAGUGUUGAAAGGCAAAUGGCCAGUAAAUAGGCGCCAGAUGUUUGAUUUCCAGGGCCUCAUCCCUGGUUACACACCACCCACCUUGGACAGUCCCCUGCAUAAGAGGAGCUUCGCCGAGCUCUCCAUGGUCGGCCAGGCCAGCAUCAGUGGGAGCGAGGACCUCACGGCUUCCCCCCAGUUGUCAAAGGAAGAUGCGCUCAACCUCUCUGUCCCUCGCCAGCGGAGGAGGAGGAGGAGAAAAAUCGAAAUUGAGGCCGAACGAGCUGCCAAGCGGCGAAACCUCAUGGAGAUGGUUGCUCAGUUGCGGGAGUCUCAGGUGGUCUCGGAAAACGGACAAGAGAAAGUUGUAGAUUUAUCAAAGGCCUCAAGAGAGGCGACAAGCUCUACCUCAAAUUUUUCAUCUCUCACUUCAAAGUUUAUCUUGCCUAAUGUCUCGACACCCGUGUCUGAUGCCUUUAAGACUCAAAUGGAGCUGCUCCAGGCAGGUCUGUCACGCACACCCACGAGGCAUCUGCUUAACGGCUCCCUCAUAGAUGGAGAGCCGCCCCUGAAGAGGAGGCGGGGAAGGAGGAAAAACGUGGAAGGUCUUGAUCUGCUUUUCAUGAGCCACAAACGGACGUCAUUGAGUGCAGAGGAUGCUGAGGUGACCAAAGCUUUUGAAGAAGAGAUAGAGACCCCACCAACAAGAAACAUUCCUUCUCCUGGACAGCUGGAUCCAGAUACGCGGGUCCCUGUUAUAAAUCUUGAAGAUGGGACUAGGCUGGUGGGGGAAGACGCUCCUAAAAAUAAGGAUUUAGUUGAAUGGCUGAAGUUGCAUCCUACUUACACUGUUGAUAUGCCAAGUUAUGUACCAAAGAAUGCAGAUGUGCUAUUUUCCUCAUUUCAGAAACCGAAACAGAAACGACAUCGGUGUCGAAAUCCUAAUAAAUUGGACAUAAACACUCUGACAGGAGAGGAAAGGGUGCCUGUGGUCAAUAAGCGAAACGGGAAGAAGAUGGGUGGGGCUAUGGCACCUCCAAUGAAGGAUCUACCCAGAUGGCUGGAAGAAAAUCCUGAAUUUGCGGUUGCUCCUGACUGGACUGAUAUAGUUAAGCAGUCUGGCUUUGUUCCCGAGUCGAUGUUCGACCGGCUCCUCACGGGGCCGGUGGUGCGGGGCGAAGGAGCCAGCAGGAGAGGCAGGAGGCCCAAGAGCGAGAUCGCCCGAGCGGCCGCCGCCGCCGCCGCCGUGGCGUCCACGUCGGGCAUCAACCCGCUGCUGGUGAACAGCCUGUUCGCGGGGAUGGACCUGACGAGCCUGCAGAACCUCCAGAGCCUGCAGUCGCUGCAGCUGGCGGGCCUCAUGGGCUUCCCGCCGGGCCUGGCCACGGCCGCGCCCGCCGCCGCCGCCGCCGGCGACGCCAAGAACCCCGCGGCCGUGCUGCCCCUGGUGCUGCCGGGCAUGGCGGGGCUGCCCGGCGUCUUCGGCCUGGGCGGGCUGCUCAACAGCCCCCUCCCGGCCGCCGCGGGCAGCAGCAGCGCCGCCGCCCCCGCCGCCGGCCAGGGCGACGCGGAGGACGGCGCCGCCAAGGCCGAGGAGAAGGGGCCCGAGGCCGAGGACGAGCACAAGGACUCGGAGCGGAGCCCCGACGCCGCCGCCGCCACUGUGGCCCCCGACGCCGCCGCGAACGGCCCCGCGGGCGCUGCUGCUGCUGCUGCUGCUGCUCCGGCCGCGGCCGGCCUGCCCGCCAGCCCGCUGCCCUUCAACCCCUUCCUCCUGUCCACCAUGGCGCCGGGCCUCUUCUACCCGUCCAUGUUCCUACCUCCGGGCCUGGGGGGAUUGACGCUGCCCGGCUUCCCCGCCUUGGCGGGGCUGCAGGGCGCCGCGGGCGGCGGCGACGACAAGGCCGCCGCGGACAAGGGCGAGGGCGGCGCCUUCGCCGAGGACGAGCCCCUCGAGGGCAGCGACGCCGACGAGCAGCCCGACAAGGCGGCCGAGUCCUCCGCCCUGGACGACGAGGCGGCGCAGGCCGAGGAGCUCGACUCGCUCGACGGCGGCGAGGACACGGAGCACCCCGAGAACGACGAGUGACCCGCUUCCCGGUUCCCCGUUGAAAGUGUUUUAAAACUUUUCUUUGACAAGUGGUAGUCCUACUGUUUACACUCACAGUUAAUGUUCAUACCUAGUUUUUAUAAGCUGUUCUGUAACAUAGUGUAGCAAAAAAAGAAGAAAAAAAAAAAAGAAAAAAAAGAAGAAAAAAGGAAAAAAAAGUCCAAGUCAUGUUAUACAGGUGUGUCAAAAGGUAUCUUGGUCAUUAAGUAUUGUGCAGUGCAUUAUUUAUUAUCCCUAGGAGAGAUGAAAUUUGAGAGGUGAUCAUGUCUUUUUAAGGAAACUUACAUAAUGCUCUGCUUUUCUUUCUUUUUUUUUUUUCCUUUUGGUACCAUUGGUAUUAUAAUAAAGAGCAAUUUGUAACUGAGUGGCACUAAUGGAAGGAAGUGCUGCUCCAAGGAAGGAUGAAGUUAUAUAUUUAAUUUUAAUUUUUUUUUUUUGCUGUGAAGGUCAAGAUGAAAUUUACCAUACAUAUCAUACUUGCUCAUUUGUUUCCCUUUUUUGACUGUACAGGGGUUCCCACACUUGUGCAUCCACACACAUCCAUACACUCUGACAAUCUCCACGUUCGUGUGAACGUCUCUGUCCCGAGACGCAGCAAUAAUAAGGCAGCUGUUGAAUGUGAAGGGUCCCUUUGGAAAUUAACCUACUGGGAGGGUUCUUGCCAGACAGAACUACAGUUCCAUUGUCUCGUGGUCUUGUAAUGCACUGGUAUAAACAAAAUAAAUAGAUGAAUAAAGAGUGAGAGAAGAGAGAAUCAGGUACCUUUUUUAAAUUAAAGGACUUUGUUACUUUAGCCACAAAGCUAAAACAGCAUUACCUCAGCUCUAAACUAGCCUUGAAGUUUACAGACAUGACUUUGUAAAUGUAUUGUUUUUCUUUGUUGUGAUGUCCUUUUAUUUUUUUCUUUGAAAAAACUGCUAUCAUGUAAGAUAAAAUGUAAAUUGCUGCCAACUGUAGUAAUGAUGCUUUUAAUAAAAGUGACCCAUGAUAUGCAGAGAUGUAAUUAUAGAAUGUAGUAUGUAGGGAACUGGUGUUCACUCUAUUUUUUUGUAUUCGCAAUAGAUGCAAAUACAGGAUCCUGGCCUUUGUACAGUUUCUUGCUAUAUCCUCUUAUACAAGAUUAGCUGUUACAAAUAUGCUAAACUGAUUGUCUUUGGACUAGACAGGAAGAAAAACCUUAAAUUACCUUCACAUAAAUUCUACUCUAGAUAUCUCAACAGAACCAUACGCAAAAACCUCCCAUUACUCCCUCAAAAGGGCAUCUCAGACGGAAAAUACUUAGAAAUGUGUGCAGCGUCUGAUAAUAUGGUACACUAAAGAACAAAAGGGCAAAAGAAAAAUGAGGCUUUAAUAGGCACAAUAUCUAGGUCAUUUAUCCUUGGUUAAUGGGUAGAAAAAUACAAUGCCGUAGUGUCAGCAAGGAGCACAAAAGCACUCUGGUGUCCUGUGGACCAGUGUUUGAUGCCAGAAGUGGGGGUGGAAAACCCACGUGGGAUUAAAAGGAACCCACUUAAGUAAGUGCACACGUGCACACAGGCACAUGCGUGCCCACACACAGUCUCAAGGGCCAAUGAUUUGUGAAUGAUUUGUGCCCCCGUCCCUCCCCCCAUUCCUGACCUUUGAUAUUUGGGGUAAAAUAUAAUGCAAGACAUACUGUUUUCACCUUUUCAGGUCUCCUGACCAAAACAGCUUUAUUUCCGUGCAUUUAAGGAGGAAAGGAAGAGAUGUGAAUAGAGUUGUUUUAUGUAUGGUUGCCUCCCCUCCGCCAGUAUACACACAUGGUCCAUCCCCCCCCCCAUGUGAUCAUGUUACAAAACCAUCUAAAUUCAGGUAACAAGAUUCAGUUCAUUUGUAUCCAAGAUGAAAGCAUCCUAUUAUGGUUCUGGAAAAGCAGCAACUUGAAGCUCCACCUUGGAGACCUGUGGUGGUUUUAACCAUCAGCAUUUCUGUUAUCUCUUGAAAGUUAACAAACAGUCAUGUGCUUUGGAGGAAAGUGCCUUUAAGAGAAUGUCUUCUGAGAUGGAAAUCUUUGACUAUGGAAAAUAAGACUAGAUCAACACAAGUUAGAGGGAAUUUAAAUAUUCAAAUAACUUAUUUUUAAGACUUAAGUCUUACGAAGCAUAUGAAGGUAUAAUUUAAUAAUAAAAAUACAUCACAAAAGGGUCUUUUUUUCUAAAAUUCUUUAUAGUAUUGGGAGUUUUUCUGUGAUCUUCCGUAAAGUGCCUCCGUCGCUGCUAGAAGACAAUGCUAAGAGCAAAGAUGAUGCAGCAAAGCAUCUGUCGUUGCUUGUGGUGUUUGGAGUUGGGUCAACAUCCACUCUGCAUUAUCUGGGACUUAUCUGUCAAUCUGGCUUUAAAGUUAUUCACAUUUCCACAAAGGGACAUGUGAGGAUUUCUUUCUUCUAAUGAAAUUAGUUCUCGAUUACUUUAGAAAUAGUUAAUCAUUUAUUUAGGUUUGGACAAUGUCCUGUGGUGCUUGGAGCUUGCUUACUAACUUAAGUACUCCAAAUACUUAAGCCCUGUACUUAAGGCUCUUGCCUUGCAACCCUAGAAAAUAUUUUAAUACUUCAUGGUGUUCAUGGUGUGUCUGGAAUAAAUGAAGUACUGAGGUGCUCUACGUUUUCCAUGGCAUUGCUGCUUAAUCAUUAUUGUCUCCCUAAAGAAAGUGAGGCUGGGAGAAUUGGAGUAGCUAGCCAAGAGUCAAUGAAGGAACUGGAUUUGAACACAGCAGUCUGACAUGAGAGGCUCUCACAGAGUCCUAAAAUCCUGUGCUCUUGGGUCUGAAAGCAAGUCACCAUGUGAUGGUAAUCUGAGGUUUUGGGGACUUUAGUGUUUUUGCAUUUUUCCCCCUCUCACUGCUCCAUAAAGGCCCCUCCCUAAGUUUGACAUUGGCAAUUAAGGGGAAGUCUAUAGGAAGUAGCAUAUAGGAAGUCCUGACUGAGUAAACUUGAGUCUCAAGUUCCUUGUGCCAAUGUGGAUGGAGGUGGACGACUACUCCAGCUAUGCUGGGGAACCAUGCAGUACCGGAGGCCAAACCCAGGGAUCCCACAUACAAAGCACAGGGCAAUCUCCCUGAUUUUGUAGAUGUGGAUUUUUUCUAACACUAGAAGUAUUUUUGUUUUAAUAAAAAGAGCUUUUGUUAUUUUAUUAUUUAAGAAAUGAACUUAAGCCUCACGGUCAAUUGCAAACCUGAUACUUGAAUCCAGAUUGAUCCAGCUGCAAAGCUUAAUGUACUUGACCAUUGUGCAGGAGUCAUUUCAUCAUCAAGUAUUCUCAGUGUUCCGUGCUUUAUGUUGUUUUUGUGGGCAGAGCUUAACUUUGGAAACAAAGCAAAACACAGACCAGUUCAUUCAGGUGAUAAAUGUGUCACAACACUUUUGUAAAUCAAGAAAGGCAAAGUAAUUGGAAGAUUAAAGAGGAGCUUCGUGUGAAGGUGACAAGUCCGCUUAGACCUGAGUGAUUAGAAGCAAUAUCCAGGUGAGCUGAUUGGAAGUGUUCCGGGAACAGCCAAUGCAAAGAUCCUGAAUUGGGAGUGAGCAAAGAAAGGGAGAGGGACUGAAAUCACACAGAGCCUAAAUGAUGAAAGUUUGAGUUUCCUUUCAAGUGCCAGAGAAAGUCUUUGGGAGGUUUUCUUCAGGAGAGCUAACAGGAUUGUUAUAUUGAGUUUUGUUUUGAAAGAAUCACUGUAAUGUGGGAAAGUGGCCUGGAAGAAGUUGUGAGGAUUCCAGUUAGAGAAACUACUGCAGCAUCCUUGGAGCGGGGGCAGGGAAGAAAGGAAGGGAUGAAUUGGGGAUAUGUUAUAGACAUAUUUUUUUACAGUCAGAAAUACUCAAGUGAAUGAACUCUAGGAUUACUCCUCCUGAGAUUUACACAAGAUAAACACAACAAAGGAAAAAUAUUCACCCCUUGAAGAUAAUGCCGGGAUUAAUAUUACAAGAAGAGAUAUGGAAGACAGAAUAGUGUUCUUUGUGUCCUGUUAAGAAAGUAUCUUCAGUGGAAAAUGGUAAUUAUCUUUGUUGCGAAUUUUUAGAAAUGAUUUCUAACAGGAGGUGAGAAGGGCUGC